GGAGGCGGGGGGGCCACGGCCCCGCGGUGCUGACAGCACCCCCCCCCACCCCCCCCCCUCCCGUUCCCCGCCCCGGUUCCCUUUUCCUUCCUUCCCCUCCCUUCCGUCCCCUCCCCGCCCCGCGGCAGCGCGAUCUCCGGCGCGGAUCUCCGCGGGCAGCCCCCCCCCCCCCCGUUCCCCUCCCUUUUCCCCCCCCCCCCCCACCCUUCCUCCGGCGGGAAGAUGUGGGUGAAGCUGUGCUGUUUGCUGCUUUACUUCCUGGCUCUCUUCGUCCUGGCCAGGGUGUUCGAGGCCGUGGCGUGGUACGAGAGCGGUUUCCUCGCCACGCAGCUGGUGGACCCGGUGGCGUUGAGCUUCAGGAAGCUGCGGACCAUCCUGGAGUGCCGGGGGCUGGGGCACUCGGGGCUGCCCGAGAAAAAAGAUGUGCGGGAGCUGGUGGAGAAGUCAGGAGACCUCAUGGAAGGAGAGCUUUAUUCUGCUCUCAAGGAGGAAGAGGCCUCUGAAUCAGUUUCCAGUACAAACUUCAGUGGUGAAAUGCACUUCUAUGAGCUUGUAGAAGACACAAAAGAUGGGAUCUGGCUGGUACAGGUCAUAGCAAAUGACAGAAGCCCACUGGUGGGUAAAGUCCACUGGGAGAAAAUGGUGAAGAAAGUAUCAAGAUUUGGCAUACGUACUGGCACUUUUAACUGUUCCAGUGACCCCAGAUACUGCAGGAGGAGAGGUUGGCUGAAAUCCACCCUCAUUAUGUCGGUUCCACAAACCAGUACCUCCAAAGGAAAAGUAAUGCUUAAGGAAUACAGUGGGCGCAAAAUUGAAGUGGAGCACAUAUUCAAAUGGAUCACAGCCCAUGCUGCUUCUCGAAUCAAAACCAUCUACAAUUCUGAACAUCUAAAAGAAGAAUGGAACAAAAGUGACCAGUACCGUGUGAAAAUAUACCUGUUUGCCAACCUUGACCAGCCUCCGGCGUUCUUCUCUGCACUAAGUGUGAAGUUUACUGGAAGAGUAGAGUUUAUUUUUGUGAACGUGGAAAACUGGGACAAUAAAAGUUACAUGGCAGAAAUUGGUAUCUACAAGACACCAUCGUACAUACUGAGGACUCCUGAGGGGAUUUACAGGUAUGGAAAUAACACUGGUGAAUUUAUCUCGCUACGUGCCAUGGAUUCCUUUUUGCGCUCGUUACAACCAGAAGUUAAUGAUUUAUUUGUUUUAAGCUUAGUUUUGGUUAAUCUGAUGGCUUGGAUGGACCUGUUUAUUACACAAGGCGCUACUAUAAAGCGUUUUGUGGUUCUUAUAAGCACUUUAGGGACGUAUAAUUCAUUAUUAAUUAUUUCCUGGCUACCUGUGUUAGGUUUUUUGCAACUACCCUACUUAGACAGCUUUUAUGAGUACAGUUUAAAACUCUUCAGGUACUCUAACACAACUACUUUGGCUUCUUGGGUAAGAGCUGAUUGGAUGUUCUACUCUUCGCAUCCAGCCCUCUUCCUCAGCACAUACCUUGGUCAUGGUUUACUAAUUGAUUACUUUGAGAAGAAAAGACGACGCAAUAACAACACCGAUGAAGUAAACGCUAAUAAUCUGGAGUGGCUGUCAAGCCUGUGGGACUGGUACACCAGCUACUUGUUUCAUCCUAUUGCUUCUUUUCAACGCUUUCCUUCUGACUCAGAUUGGGAUGAAGACCCGGAUUUGUUCUUAGAGCGGUUGGCCUUCCCCGAUCUCUGGCUUCACCCUCUGAUACCAACCGAUUAUAUAAAAAACCUACCAAUGUGGAGGUUUAAAUGCCUUGGCGUCCAUUCUGAUGAGGAAGUGCUGGAAGCCUUUCAAGACAGCGAAAGUGACUCUGACAGUGAAAACAAAGAGAGCUUCAGGAGUGAAAAGGAAGUCUUGGAGGACGAUGAGCUAAACACGUUUCAUAGGCACAGUGAAGGAGAGCCUCGGUGCGGUGCUGAGACCUGUUCGUGUGCCAGUAAAUACUGUCAUCACGAGCCGUGCGAACAGAAAACCAGAUCGUACGGCUCGUGCAGCACCGCGGGUGACGUGGAGCCAGAUUGGUCAGCCUGGCCCUCCGAGAUGUUGCACUGUACAGAAUGUGUUGUGUGUCUAGAAAAUUUUGCAAACGGUUGUCUGCUCAUAGGCUUGCCGUGCGGCCACGUGUUCCACCAGAAUUGCAUCAUGAUGUGGCUGGCGGGCGGGCGACACUACUGCCCCGUCUGCAGGUGGGCUUCGUACAAAAAAAAAGCAGCCAUAUACACAUCCACAGCCUUCGACGAAUGAUACCCCAUCUUAGCUGUGUGCUGAUGUCCUUUGUAAGCUUUCAGGAUAUUACUGCUUGCCUUUUAAAUGUUAGUCACUUAAAAGAUUAUGUGGUUUGGAGUUUUAGUUUAAAUGUUAGUGCAGUGAACUAAAAUAUACACAAUGCUAACGUUAACGACAGAAUCAUUUGGUUGCCUUGUAUGUUGAACGGAACGCAUACUUACCGUACAAUAACCUUUUCGACAUCUAGAAACUUGAUGCUGUUUUUGUAAGCACAAAAAUCAAGCCUACAACACAUGCGUAUUCCAGCAAACGUUUACAAGUUAGGAUGUGGGUGAAAUUGAAAUUCUAAUCGGAGACAAUUGCUUAAUUUAAGUGUUUCUUAUUUUAGAGUCUGUUCAGCACAUCUUUGUUGAAUAAUGUAUGUUGUAAGACAGUACCAUUUAAAAAGAAAUCAGUGAAAUAAAUUAUUUUAAAAGGAGAUUAGUAAUGUUAAUUGUUUUGAUAAAUAUUUUGUGUGUAUGGUUACGGAUGUCUUGCUGGUUCUGAUUUAUCUGUGAAGACAAUAAAAAUAUAACACAA